ACCGAGACGGUAAGCGUAUCCCAUACAAAUAGCCUACAAAUCUCCAUCCCCAAAGAGAAAAUACAGUCCCCUCCCGUCUUCCUUUGUCUCUGUCACGCGUCAAGAAGAAGGAAGAAAAAAACUUAGUAGCAGCGAGGGUAUUGGGCUUUUCUCCGAUCUAUCUCUCCAUAUGCAUUUUGGGCAGAUUCGCGUUUAGCAUUGACCAAUCUUUUCCGUUCCAAAUACUCUCCACAACCGUCUCUUUCUUCUGCUUUUCCAUUUCCCCUUCCAUAAAUGCAUGAUCUACCCCUCUAUAACUAUACUUCCCCUCUGCCCCCUGUAUUUCAUUCCCAAGAACCCCAAGAAAAUCUCCCAGAAAGUCCUCAUAAAUGAUUCCUACCCGUUUCAGCGCUGCCGUUUUGCUAUUUCUUUCGCUUCUGUUACCGUCCCUUUGCUUGGGCAUCCGGUCGAUUCGGAUUAGAGUGGUCGACGUGGAUGAGUUCGGAGUACUAUGGCUGCGAUUCGCCGAAGCACCGGACUACCGUAACGGAGCGGACUGCCCCGUGUCGACCGACGGGGAAUUCGGCUCCUCGUGCGACGCGUCGCUCGUUCACAUCGCGAUGACUUUGGACUCGGAGUAUCUACGUGGCUCCAUGGCGGCUGUUCACUCGGUUUUGCGGCACGCUUCCUGCCCGGAGCACGUCUUCUUCCACUUCAUUUCGGCCGAGUUCGACCCGGUGAGCCCCCGGGUACUUACCCAACUCGUCCGAUCCACGUUCCCUUCCCUCAAUUUUAAGGUCUACAUAUUCCGCGAGGACGUGGUGAUCAACCUCAUCUCCUCUUCGAUUCGCCAAGCUCUCGAGAACCCGUUGAACUAUGCCAGGAACUACCUGGGAGACAUACUCGAUCGCUGCGUCGAGCGGGUCAUUUACCUGGACUCGGACGUGAUCGUGGUUGACGACAUUCGCAAGCUCUGGGACAUCCCGCUCAGUGGGCACCGAGUCAUCGGCGCGCCCGAGUACUGCCACGCCAACUUCACCAAGUACUUCACCGACUCGUUCUGGUCCGACCCCGUCCUCUCCCGGGUCUUCGCCUCCAGAAAACCCUGCUACUUCAACACGGGCGUGAUGGUCAUGGACCUGUCAAGGUGGAGAGAGGGGAACUACAGGAAGAGAAUCGAGAAGUGGAUGGAAUUGCAGAGGAAGAAGAGGAUCUACGAUCUGGGUUCGCUCCCGCCGUUCUUGCUAGUCUUUGGCGGGAACGUGGAGCCCGUUCAUCACAGAUGGAACCAACACGGUCUCGGCGGCGACAAUGUUAGGGGAAGUUGUCGGCCGCUCCACCCGGGACCGGUCAGUUUGCUGCACUGGAGCGGGAAAGGGAAGCCCUGGGUUCGACUCGAUGCCAAGAACCCUUGUACGCUCGAUAGUCUUUGGGAGCCGUACGAUCUUUACAGAGCAAACGUUCAGAAGUUGGGGUUUUCGUCUCCAACAUCGUCUUCGACUUUGGUUGGGAAUUUGGGUUAUUUCUUAUGACGAUUCUUUGAUACAUUGUUCAGUUUAAUUCUUUGUAGCUGUGUAUACUGUACAGAUUGAUGGGGUUUUUCUCCGAGGGUUUUUUUUUUUUUUUCAAGUUCUAUUUGAUUUAUUUCUCGAUUUCCAUUUUUUGGAUUUCAAAUUCUUUAGAACAGUGUUGGUGUUUGAUUUAGAAUAAACGACUCUGUUGUUCAUUGUUC